AUGUCAAAGGUUACACAGGGCACGACCCUCGUCGACGCGCUCAUCCACUCCUUCCUCUUCGGCUUCGUCGUCUCGCAGGCGCUCAAGUAUGGGAGCGACUAUGGGCGGGACUCGUGGAAGAAGCGCGCACUCGUGGGGAUCGUGGUCGCGUUUUCGGUUGGACAGACCAUCCUUCAAUACUACAAGGCGUGGUACAUCCUCAUCGACGCGCAUCCGACAUGGGGCACCAGCGGCUUGACCUGGCUCGACUUUACCCUGAACGGCGUCAUCUGCUCGAUCUGCCAGGGCUUCUACAUCAGACGAUGCUGGAAAUUGACACAAAGGAACCCUUGGGUGUUGUACCCUCUUGCUACUAUACAUGCGCUGGCGGCGAUCGCAUGGAUUGGGCUGGUUAUCAGCAUGCAGUUGCGGUAUAGCGCGACAAGUGACUCCGCUGCGAUGGCCCUGUCCGAAAUUAGCAAGGUAUCCUUCGCGACAUGGACACUGGGCAGCUUGGUCCUCGACAGCGCUGCUGCCUUCACUAUCACGCACCGACUGUACACAUCCAGAGCUGGAAAUAAGGGCUCCGAUUCAGUCGUGAAGGAUGUUAUCGCCGUCACCUGGGAAGCGGCCAUUCUUCCUGCAGGGUGCAUGUUCAUCGCGGUCGUGCUUUACAACCAGCCGAAUCCGCGUAACUUGCCUGUCCUGCUGUUCGCUCUGAUCUGCGGAAAGCUGUACGCCAUAGGUCUCUUACGGACCCUAAACGCGCGAGACAAGCUCCGGGCACGGAUGAAGAGUCAGGACCUUGGACGGGUUUCCUUGGGUAAUUGGGAUUGGGCGAGCGCGUCCAUCAUGCCCCCCAUCGAACGACAGCCGUCCUUCGUGAGCCCGAAUGCUACGCUCGUCCAUAGUACGCCAGCCGACACGAGCUGCAAGCGCUCGAUCUCGUCGCCUGCCGGUGGCUGGGCCGACCUCGAGAAGUCCUCUGCAGCCAGCAGUCCGACCAUCGUCGCCAGGAGCCCGGCUGUGCACUUCGCUACCGCCAUAGCAAACACGGGAGCUGGCGAUGCUCGGAUGCGCAGCCAUACAUCGCUACUGCAACGAGACGCGUCACUGCUUCGGAAUGCAUCGCUGUCCCGAUGCAGUAGCUGCGGCUCUGACGUGGGCAGGCAUUCAGAGAAGGGCCUCGGCGUGCCGGUAAGGAAGUCUUCCACGCUGAGCACGAGCGCCAUGAUAUUGCCAGCAGCGGCCGAGAAGCGGCUGCUCGAGAAGGGGGAGGACGGCCUUCCCCAGCACAAUGUCGCCGUCCAGCGGCAGCAGAGGCGCUCCAAGCGUGUCUUGAUGCACCUCAAGCUGUUCACGGUCGUGCUUACGUGCUUACUUAUCUACACGGCGACGAAGAGGCCUCCGCACAAGCCGUUUGAUGCAAAGAGGGUCCGUCCGCGGCUGACUCUGGAGGAGCGCGAGCAGAUCUUCCUCUCCGUACCCAACAACGAGAGCGCCCUCGAGGCCUCGCGCGCCUACGCGACGCACCCCCAUCUCGCCGGCGCCCCCGAGGACUUCGAGGACGCGAAGGUCAUCCUCGAGCUCUUCCAGACCGAGUUCGGCAUCCACGCGCCCCACGACGAGCCCAUCUUCCCCGCGGGCACGCGCGCCUCGCAGCUGUCGACGCGCCUACUCACCUCGAAGCUGGGCCCGCGCCACCCGACGGCGUGGAUCGAUGUGUACUACCCCGUGAUGAACACGCCGCUGGACCGCAGUCUGGAGAUCCUGGGUGACGACGGUGAAGUGGAGUGGGCGGCGGAUUUGGUGGAGGAUGGGGAUCCGCUAGACCCGGAGGCGGCUAAGUAUAGGGAUGCAGUUCCUACUUGGCACGGGCUGAGCAAGGACGGCGAGGCGACUGGCCAGGUUAUCUUUGCUGAGUAUGGCAGGCAGGAAGACUACAAAGCCCUCGUCAAGAAAGGCGUCGACUUCACCGGCAAGAUCGUCCUGACCCGCUACGGGGGCAUCUUCCGCGGUCUCAAGAUCAAGGGUGCCCAGGAGCUCGGCGCAGCAGCUGUCCUCAUCUAUGACGACCCGCGCGACGAUGGCUACGUGACGGCCGAGAACGGCUACGAGGUCUAUCCGGCCGGCCCUGCGCGCAACCCCUCUUCGGUGCAGCGCGGCAGCGUUCAAUACCUUUCGGCCUAUCCAGGUGACCCGACGACGCCUGGAUAUCCUGCGUACGAGGAUGCCGAGCGUACGGAGGGGGAGAACAUUCCGAAGAUCCCCUCCCUACCGAUCUCGUAUAACAACGCGAAGAAGCUCAUUGAGGAGAUCGGUGAGAUCUACGCCGAGGAGGAUGGCGUGAAGUCCCUCUCUGGAAAGGCCAGCGAGAAGAAGAUCAAGUUGGUCAACCAUGUCGACACCAAGGUCACGCCCAUCUGGAACACCAUGGCUGCUAUCCCUGGUCACUCGCGUGACGAGGUGGUCAUCAUUGGGUGCCAUCGGGAUGCUUGGGUCAUGGGCGCCGCCGACCCCACCAGCGGCACUGUCUCUCUGCACGAGGUGAUCAAGGGCUUCGGCGAGCUCUACCGCCAGGGCUGGCGGCCCCUGCGCACGCUGCUCUUUGCGAGCUGGGAUGCAGAGGAGUACGGCCUCAUCGGCUCGACCGAGUACGGCGAGGACUUUGCGGACUGGCUCGCCAAGUACGCCGUUGCCUACAUCAACGUCGACGUAUCGGUCGCUGGCUCGAAAUGGCGGGCGAGUGGGUCACCGUCGCUGGCGCAUCUUAUCACGAAGACGGCGAAAGAUGUAGAGUAUAAUGGCUCUAGCCUCUGGGACGCCCGCAAGGCCGUUGGUCCCUAUGGUGGUCCUGAGGAGCUCCUCGCCCCCGAGUUCAUCGCGGCAACCAAGGAGAACAAGCUCAAGGCGUCGAAGACGGAGAUCGGCCCCCUCGGUAGCGGCAGUGACUACACUGUUUUCUUGCAGAGGCUUGGGAUUGCGGCCACUGAUCAGGGCUUCGGGAAUGCGGAUGGCACGGAUGCACCGUAUCACUAUCAUUCCAUUUACGACUCCCAGCGCUGGCAGGAGCUCUAUGCCGACCCGGGCUUCCACCGCCACGUCGCUGUAGCGAAGCACCUUGGACUGCUUACUCUGCGCAUCGUGGAUAGCAUUGCGCUGCCCCUCAACGUUACGCAGUACGCGUACCAGCUUGAUGACUACCUUGAGAGCGUCCGUGCCCUCCUCCCCACCUCCCAGGUUUCCGCCGACCUCAAGGAGUUCGCCGAGCUUGGCGCCGCCAUCGCCAAGCUCCAGGAAGCUAGCGCCGCCCUCGACAAGGAUAAGUAUGAGGCGGAGAAGGCAUUCUUGGAUGCGCUGAAGAAGCUCCCGCCGUUCCCUCCCACGUCGAAGUGCGCGAAGAAGCGGAACAGCUUCCUUGGGAAGGCGGCGAUGUGGGUGAAGAGCGUGUUUGGGGUGCCGCCGCCGGAUGUGGAGGCGGAGCGGGAUUGGGUGGCGUGGGUUUAUCGGCAGUUGGAGAGGGUGGAGGAGCGAGGCGAGCAGCUCGAGCAGGUUCACCCAGAGUACAAGAGCGAGCAGGUCGACAAGCUCGAGAACCACCCCCACCACGAGCACGACCACCAUCGCGAGCAUCAUCACCAUGAUGACCAGCACCACCCCAAGCUCCCGCACUUCCCUCUGCGCGAGUUCCUCAAGGCGGCCAGGCGCGUGCAGGCUGCGAACCACAAGGUGCGCUCGUUCGAGCGUGGAUUUAUCUCCGAGGAGGGGAUCCCCGAGCGCGAGUGGUACCGCCAUCUUGGCGUGGCGCCGGGCAAGUGGUUAGGGUACGGCGCGACUACCUUCCCCGCGCUCACUGAGGCGAUCACCUUCGAAGAGGAUGAGGAACGGGCCGCGUAUGAGGCGGCGCGCUUAACACAAAAGCUGCUUGAGCUUGCGGAUGAUAUUGCGGUGUAA